AUGUCAUCAUCGGAAAAAGUGGAAGAUAUAGUGCUUCCCGUAUGUGAGCCAUCGGUAAAUGAUGCUUCCGCUGCCGCCAAUGUUUCACCUUGGAAAGCGAAUGUUAUACAAGAGAAGACGUUAACCAAGAAUAUGCCUGAGUCACCAGAUAUGAAAUUUGCUCGAACACGUUUUGGUCAUCUUCUUGAUGGAAUACGAAGUGGUGAGAUUCAAACUGGGAUGCAAGCUAGAAAUCGAGCUAGAAGUCCAGAAGAAAUGGAAAGGGACCUGCUUGAACGUUCAAAGAAAUCAUUACGACGUGAAAGUCGACGAAUGGUUUUCGAGCUUCGUGGUAAACCUUUUGCAUUGCGAGAUAGUGGUCGUCGAGAAGGCGUGUACGCGCUAUGUCGAAAUUGGAUGCGAGGUAGUGAUGAUGAACGACCAAAAGAAAAACGAGAAAUAGAGCACCCAGAACCACCGGACGACUCACUUGACUUACUGGCUACAAAAGAAAUUUAUGCACUACCACGACCCCAUGAUCGUAUCCGGAUCGAGCCAGCUCCUUCACCGUUGUACAUAAGUACGAAAAUCAAAGUAGAUACAACAAGCUCCAAGGAGCUCUUGGACGUUUAUUUACCACACUGGAAAAGAAUCAAGAAAAAAUUGAGAACAGAAUCGGAUUUUCAGCUGGAACGAGUAUUCUCGAAUCCGAGACCGGCGAUAUCAAAAGAGCAUCAGAUUGCUAAAUACUGUAUUCAGUAUGAAUCAGCAAAACAGCAUCAUAUGAGUGUAAUCUUUUAUGAGUACAACCUUUUCCAAAAUAAAAGUAUUUCGAGUCGUUUUGCAUGUGGGUUUGCAACAGAAAGUGAUGCGACGGUUGUUUUCCUAGUUCAUCUGCUUAGUUAA